CAGCGUCUACGACUUGCUUACGAAAAAAAAAGAGAGGUCGUCGAUGACUUUGCGAAUAUAACAAAAUUAUACAAAGGAAAAAUCGUGCAGUUGUACUGGAAAUCACUGUUUACUUGAAGGAUUUUUUUAGUUUAAGAGUAUAAAUAUCCACAUCAUGGCCGGCGCGAUGUUAUUUGAGCGUUCGCGUGUGUCGUCGUCAACAACCAGAGAGGAGGACGUCCGCAUGACCGACAAGAUGGUCAGUACUGGAGAAUUGCCUGAAGAUGAUGAAGAAAACAUAAGGGCCAAGGAGCAGGGCAUCCUGAACCUCGGCGAGAAAUACAAAAAGGAGGGCAAGGCCAAGGAGUUAGCCGAACUGAUCAAAGCCACCCGGCCGUUUCUUAGCCUGAUAAGCAAGGCAAAAGCGGCGAAACUAGUGCGUGCGCUGGUCGACUUCUUCCUGGAUUUGGAGGCGGGUAUCGGCAUAGAAGUCCAGUUAUGUAAAGAGUGUAUAGAAUGGGCGAAAGAGGAACGGCGCACGUUCCUGCGGCAGUCGCUGGAGGCGCGGCUGAUCGCGCUUUACUACGACACGGGCAUGUACACGGAGGCGCUGGACCUCGCCACCGCGCUGCUGCGUGAGCUCAAAAAGCUCGAUGACAAGAAUUUACUAGUGGAAGUGCUCCUUUUCGAGAGCAAAACCUACCAUGCCCUGAGUAAUCUACCGAAAGCGCGCGCCUCCCUAACGUCAGCUAGGACCACUGCCAACGCGAUCUACUGCCCCCCGAAGAUGCAAGCCGCGCUCGACCUGCAGUCUGGCAUCCUGCAUGCUGCAGAUGAACGGGACUUCAAAACCGCAUAUUCAUAUUUCUAUGAAGCUUUUGAAGGAUAUGAUGGUGCCGAUAGUCCCAAAGCACUCACGGGACUAAAAUACAUGUUAUUGUCAAAAAUUAUGUUGAAUCAGGCUGAAGAAGUUGCUGUUAUCUGUGGCAGCAAAGCGGCCCUCAAAUAUGCCGGGAAAGAGUUAGAAGCAAUGAGAGCAGUAGCGACAGCUUCUCACAAGAGAUCCUUGGCCGAUUUCCAAGCUGCACUAAAAACUUACAAGCCGGAACUUGAAGAAGAUGCAGUAGUGAGAGCUCACCUUGGUGCCCUGUACGAUACUAUGUUGGAACAGAACUUAUGCCGUAUAGUGGAGCCCUACAUGCGCGUCCAAGUGGAACAUGUAGCCCGCACUAUCCGUCUGCCCGUCGUACAAGUAGAGAAGAAAUUGUCCCAAAUGAUCCUGGAUAAGAAGCUGAAUGGCAUCCUAGAUCAAGGAGAAGGCGUCCUGAUUGUCUUUGACGAGUCCCCCCUCGAGAAAACCUAUGAGACUGUUCUGGAAACCAUCCACCAUAUGAGUAAGGUUGUUGAUACUCUCUACCAGAAAGCCAAGAAACUUUCAUAGACUUCUGUAAAAUUGUUGUAGCAUUAAAAAAUAUAAAUAUCAAAACUAACCAUAAUUUUUUCAGUUCAGAUUAUAUGGAAACUAUUUUCAGACUAAAUUUCACUUUUGUUCCGAAGUUAAAUGCUGAAUACAAUAUAAUUAUGUAUAUGUUUAUGCAUCAAGAAAAAUGAAAUACAAAUCACUUUGAUUUAUUCCCAUUUUAACUUAAGCUAGUGAAAAUUAUAUUCUGUUUUAUUGAGAAUAAAUAAAAAGGUGUUCACCCAUUGUUGUUUACUUCACUUUCGCCCACGCUAAAAUUGAGCAAGUCAUGUUAUAUUAACUGAAACAGUUGGCAACGCAUAUGUGCAGUGAUUCAUCCACUGCACAUACAUAUCUUGACCUUAAUUCGGUACGCUGACUUGCAUUGAAACUACUUUAAAAGGUAAAGACCGACUGCGACCCUGUUGACAUACUUGAAUUUUAAUUGUAACCUGUUUUAGAAUUAGGUACUUGUGGGUAAUUAAUGGUAUUGAACAAUAAAGUCUUGGUACA